ACCAUGAUAUCCGUUGAGGAAGCGCUUUUGAUUCAUCGGGCACGAUAAUGGCCGCUAUCCAACGUCGCUGUUGUUUUCUCAGCGGUCGAGUCUCCUUUGGAGGGUCAUCGAUGCUCACGUCGUCCUGAAGUCUCCAUUUCAUACGUCGCUCCCCGGGUCUCUGACAGCCUAAAUGUGACGUUUGCCACCCCCUCCUUCACCAGCCACUCAGCGCCUCAGCAACGCAGCAGGAAGGUCGUCUCCUGGUUCAUCGUGGUCAUCGUGUCCGUCGCCCUGACUGAAGUCAUGUCUGGUCCAGGAGACUUACCGGCCAUCGAGGGUCCCGGGAUGGGCGGGAUGAAGCUUCCCAUCGGGAUGACCCGUCGAGCGCUCAGCUACGACGAUAACCUGGAGGCCCCCAUGUCCACGCCGCCACACGACAUCAGCAUCAACAACCUGUGGAGACGACCCGUCAUACCGGACAGGAGGUUCACACGGCUGGCUGAGGAGGAUGAGAGCGGUGCCGUGAGUCAGCCGACAGUUUCAGAGAGCGCCAUCUCCAGGUCACCGACUGUAGUGAAAGCCAAGGCGUCCUCCAUCAUCAUGAGUUCUUUCAUCACCAAGCAGACACAGGAUAGCAUGUACAAGUUUGAGCAGAGGGCGGGGCUUACUGACGCCAGCUACACACCCCAUAAAGGCCUCACCGCCGAGGAGACGAGACACCACCACCGCAUCCCUGAAUCCCUCCAGAAACUGCAGAUCCAGAGCAUGGAGGCCAAAGAAGAGCGACAGAGCUCGUCCUGCCAGUCCACUCCCUCCAACACACCACAAACGUCCCCGAGACAACUCCGCAGGAGUUGGUUCAGCAGCACGGGAUCAGAGAUCAGCAUGAGCUCCUCCAACAGCAGCAUUGACAUGGGAGGAGGGGGAGGAGGAGGAGGAGGAGGAGGGGGAGACGCGGCAGGAGGCACGGCAGGAGGCGCGGUCGAACGCUGGAGCAUGUUUGGUCCGCGGCCACACGUACACAAAUCCACCUCGGACCUGGGAGCAGAGUCUACAACUGCAGCAGGCUUUGCAGUGCAGGGGUACAGAGGUGCCCAGAAGCCGACCCCCAUGGAGGUAAUGAAGGCGCAGAACACACGGCUGGGUGACGCACCCGCGGCGCAGGCGGUGGCCCCCCCCCAAAUGGAGAUUCCCUCAGUGGAGAGCCGACGGCAGGGAUCGCGGCCGCACAAGCUCAAACCCAGAGACAUGAACAUCCUGACGCCCUCUGGCUUCUAGGAGGACACAUUGCACCCUGUGGAGCAGACCCCCCAAAGGUCCCAUGAGAUGAAAACUCACAAACUGUUACACGAGCCGUCUUCAUGUUAGCAUCCCUCACCGGUUAGCAUCUAGCAUCCCGGAUCACAUUUCACUUCAAGGUUCCUCUUCAGUAUGAAUCUAACUUUGAGACUGCACAGGUCUGAUGAAGGCUGCUUGUUGACACAGACACGAACAAGCUAAUCCCAACAUCUGGGAAUAACAAAACAUGUGGCCAAGAAGACGGCAGAAGACGGCCAUGUUGAAGAAACUCACAGGACGGACUCAUUUAUUUUAAGGAGAGAAAACUAAACUUCAAUUUGAAAAAAAAAAAAAAUCUAAAUCCCUGCAUCACCUCGUCCAAGGUGCUGCACCGAUGACCCCUCAUUGCACUUAUAAGACCUAGCUACACUCAAAGUUAAGGUUUAAACAGGAAAGCAGCUGUUCACCGGGCACGCCAUUCUGCCGUCUUCUUGUGUCAGAUAUUUCAUGGGACCUUUGAAAGCAGCUCCGACACUCAACACCGAAACCCUCGAUCUUCACCCUCCAAUCAUUCCAGGAUUAGAAGAAUUAAGCCGUCACCGUCUGCUGUAGCUGCUUUUAAGCAUUUAGAGUGUCUCUCUCUCUCUCUCUCUCUCUCUGUCUCUCUCGCCCACUUUAAGGGGAGCAUGAUGCUGAUCCUGGUUUUGAAAUGACCCCCCUGUAGAUGCACUUUAUACCCUCUCCCCUCCACCCAUACGAGCUCUACAUUUACUUUUGGCUCGUCUCCUUUCAUUGGACAUUUCACUGAGCAGGAUGGAAACAAUCUGAAACUCGGUUAGUUAAUAACAAGCUAACAGAACAAAAAAGAAAAGGUUAAAAAUUGUCUCAGGAAAUGGUUUCACUCGAGCUCCCGCUCUCUGAAAUGUUCCAAUUAAUGUUUUAAUGUAUAAAUAGAGAUGUGUGUUUUUUGUUUUUUUUACUUUUGGUAAAAAACAGUUUUGGUUCUUUUGGGAUCAGAAGAAACGAGACCCCCGCUCAAGUGUGUGGAAAAAAACCAAACUGACAUGCAUGUUAACUGCACUCACACUGACUCUGGAGAGUUUGAAGGUUUUCAGAUUAGUGGACUCAGCAGAGGGCUUAAAGCCUCUUUUGAGUUCUUCAGUGUGUGAGCUCUGAUGAAGGAUCCUGUUCUUCAGUUUGGCUCAACAGCAGCUGUGUGAGAAGUAUACCACAUGAUUCAAAAUGAUACAAUAAGGCUCUUCAGUCACAUAUUUUACCCAAGACCACUGAAAGCAAAUGUGGCAGAGCAUUGUCUUAAAAUGCACAAAUGCUCUGGUAACAUCUCAGCAUCCAACGUAUUUUCUUUUGGUGAUUAAAACAAACAAGUCACCCGAUACUGGAUGCUUAGGACUUCUGUUUUUGUUGCUGUGGUAUCAAAACAGAGAUUUAUUUCAUGUGAUUCGUACUAGAAUCUAAUCAGGUUCAGGAAUCUGGUGUCAUGUGGUCGAGGAGUGAAGACACAGCUGGUGUGCACGCUCGCUUCAUCCUGCACAAUCAUCAACAAUCUGAUUUUGACUCUGAAAUGAAAACGUGCAUUCAAGUGAAAAAAGGUUACUGCCUUUAAAAUGAUUGAUGAAGAACAUGCAUCAUGUUGGAAUCAGUUCUUUAAAUUUAUCGAGUUUCUGCAAGAUGAAGCGUGCAUCGUACGGCGUGAUGAAAUGUAGCAUAUCGCUGGUCGUUGUUUGUUUUUCUACGGGCGCCUAAAGAAGACACACAUCUAUACUUUUUUAUUUUGCUCCGAUUUCCUGUGAUGACGAGUUUUCUUUGUUGUUUUCUCGAGAUCUUAAAUUAUUUAUGCCGCUGGUUUUCUCCAGAAAUGAACUUGUAACUAUUUGAAAAGCAGCGUUGGAUGAAUAAAUCUAAACCUCGAGAGAUCAACCGAAGCGAACUCGUCAUCGCAGGAAAAUGGAGUCAAAAUAAAACCUAUGGAUGUGUGUCCUUCCAGGGCUUCCAUAGUUUUUGGUAAGGCUUCAACACUUCAGUUUUUCUGCAUCGAUUCCCACGCCGUUUUCAAAUCCAACUCAUUCACCAACCGUAACUCUGGUCGUGGUCGUGGCCGUGGUCGUGGUCGUGGUCGUGGUCACGUCUCUGUAAUACUCGUGUCAACACAGAAGAACAAAAACAAACUCUGCUGUGAGUCUUAAAUAUUCAAAUGAACCUGACUGUUUCUGUUUCAAGUGAACAAUGUUUGUUUUUCUAGUUUGUGUUUAAAGUGUGACUUCGUUCCCUUUAAAUCUCUCCUGGACGGACGAUCUGUCCUCUGUACAGUAGUGUCACUGAAUAUCUUUGUUUUUUUAUCUGUUCUGUGUUUUCCAGGUCAUGUUAAAAGAUGUUUUGUUUGUACAGUU